AUGGCGGGCGGCGGGGCGCGCGGCGCGGGGCAGGGCCGGCGAGGCGCCGCGCCGCCGGCGGCCCACACUUUGUUCCAGUCGGGUCCCUGCGUGGCCUGCGCUUCCUGCUCCGCGAGGCGCCGGGCGGGCGGGCGCUCACUCCCGCCGCUGCGGGCCGCCGGCCGGGUCGGUGCGCAGGAGCAGCUGCGCAACGCGCCCUCCGCGCCGCGCUCACUCCGCGGCGGGCCGGCUGGGGCUCGGGCUCAUCGCGCCGCCGCGGGGCCGGGCCGGGCUGGGGCGGGCGCGGCGGCGGUGCACGGCGGCGCGCGGGCUCCGCGGCUCCCCCUCUCCGCGGUAGUGCAGAAAGCUUCCUACUUGCGGCCGAAAAACCUGCCCCGGCUACUGAGCAUGCCCAGUGCGGCCGCCCGGCCCGGCCGAGCCGCGCUCCGGGUUUUCGGGCCGCCCGCGCUGGGGGGAGAGGGGGGGCGGGGCGGGGCGGCCGGCGGGCGGGGCGGCGCGGGGAGCGGCAGGCCGCGCUGGGGCCCGGCGGCCGGGCAGGCGGGGAGCGGCUGGCAGGAAGGGGCGGGGUCUGCUUCGGGGGCGGGGCCGCGGGCGGGGGCGGGGCCUGCUCGCCCCAGGGCCCUCCGGAGGUCGGGCCGGGCCGCGCGCCCGCCUCGACGUGGGGGGCGUGGCCGCGGCGCGCGGGGGCGGGGCCUGCUCGCCCCAGGGCCCACCGGAGGUCGGGCCGGGUCGUGCGCCCGCCUCGACGUGGGGGGCGUGGUCGCGGCGCGGGGGGCGGGAGCGAGGGCGGGGCGAGCUCGCCCCAGGGACCUCCGGAGGUCGGGCCGCGCGCCCGCCUCGACGUGGGGGGCGUGGCCGCGGGGCGCGGGGGCGUGGCCUGAUGGCGGGCGUGGCCUGAGGGGCGCGGGGCCCUGCGGAGGUCGGACCGGGCCGCGCGCCCGCCUCGACGUUGGGGGCAGAGGGCGGCGGCGCGCACGGGGGCGGACACCGGCGGGACAGAGGCUGGGCUCGGGGCCUCGCCGCCCGGCGCCCGUAGCCCGCCACCCCGACGGCAGUGGCGCGCGGAGCCCGUCCGGGCCGGGCCAGCCCGCCGAGGGCCAGCGGCGUGGCCAGGUGGAGCCCCCGCCCAGCCACGUGCCCGCCUCCCCCGCGGCCGCUGCCAAGACCCGGAGCCGGAGCGCGCACCCGCUCGGCGGCAGGCCGGGGGGCGGGGGCCGGGGCGGUGCGAGGGCGCGGCCGCCUGCGCCCGGCCCGCAGCUUCCCCCGCGCCGGGCCUCCCUGUUCCUCUUGAGCGCCCGCCUCCCCCGAACAGGAGCUGGGAGGAGGGGCCGGGCUCCGGGGAAAAGUCUGGGUUCCAAGGGAACGGGGCUGUCAGUCGUGGUUCUCCUGGGCGGGGCGGGGACGGCGGGGAUAGCUCGGUGA